AUCUGUAAAAUAGAACCGGAAGUUCCGCAAUUACUCCUGUCAAUUUCUCUAGAAAAAAUGAGAUCUUGUAGUCGUAUUCGGAUCUUUCAAGAUAUAGGUUGACGAAUCCAGUUGCAAUGGAUAGGUUACAAUGUUCACCUAGUUCGAGUACAGACUCGAUAAGUUCUGAAGAAGAAGAAAAGCUUAGAAGGCUUUUCGAAGCUUGCGAUCGCGAUGGAGAUGGAUAUAUAGACAUGUAAGCCUAAGUUGUUUUGAUUUUUCACUUUGUUUACAACUUGUAAAGUUUCAUAAAUAUAGCAUAUAUACUUUAAGAAAAUAUAUUCUAUGUGUGAGUCAGUAUGAGAAAGUCUAAUUGAAUAAAUGUCAAGAAUGAUUUAGAUUCGACAUAAAAUUUGUACCCUUCUUUCUUUUGGAGAGAAUGUUUUCUAUUGUUAAAUUGACUGUAAAUUACAUUAAGCAAAUGUUCUGUUCUCUUUUCUAAAGACUUUUUAUUUUAUUUGCAAAUUUAAUCAUUGAAUGGAUAAGUUACGUAUGUAGAAAGGAAAGGGUUGGCGUUAGAGGGCUGUGAGCAUUUUAUAUUUGUUGACUGGACUAUCCAUUGGUUUAACAAUUUGCCUAUAUGUGCGCAAGAACGUGAGCAUUGAAUUUGCACUUGUAAGAUAUUUAAGGUGUAUUGAAAGAUAAAAAUUUAGUCAUUAAUGAUCUGUUAUUUUAUAUUUACAUCCUCAAUGAUUCAUCCUGUGAAAUGUAAUUAUUUGUUCCAUCGCCUAAAGCAAACUUUGAAUUCAUUCUACCAAAAGUCUCUUAAGAGUCUUUUGCGUUUUUUUUAUGGUUAAUUUUCAUAUAAAUUUUACGACGCUGUUUUUUCACUUGACCUAAUUCUGAAACUUUUAACUUUUUUUAUUUUCAUAAUGAGUUUUUAAGGGCAGAGUUUGCAAUAAAAUAAAAGAAAAAUAGAGACAAUAAUUGAUGAAAGAUGCUAUAAUGUUGCCCAGAAGGAGGGAAAUAACUUAUUUGAAUGGUUAAGAUUGAUGCCCUUAUUGACUCUACGCUAUUUAUUCAACAAACAAUACCGCAAACAGUACAAACAAUGAACGUUUUGCAGGGAAGAUCUGAAAGAAAUGUGCCAUCAAUUACACUUGGAAGACUCCGUCGAGGAGAUCAUCGUCCAUUUCAACCAUCAAGGCCUGUACAAUCGUAUUUCCUAUGAACAAUUUGCCAGAUGUGGAAUGCAGCUAAAGCCUGAAAUUGAAUUGCAAGAAUGUAGACCGCCCCCUCUCCCUCCAAGGCGGACAGUCACAUUCUCAAAUGUGAAUCAAUAUAUAGACGAAGCUGCGUUGGCGCAAAACAGUUUAUAUUCAAUGUUGGAAAAAUCAGAUCCGGCUGUUCUGAAACAUAUCACGCAACGGGUAGAAUGCUCUAAAACCUUACAAUUAUGCAAUUCGCUCCAUCUUGCGUCUCUGCAAUCUUUAAUUGCCGAAAAAGUUGCUGUUAAACAAGAAAUAUCGGUGUUAGAAAAUGACAGGAGUCGCUACGAAGAACGAGUGACCGAACUACAGUCUGUUAUAGCUGAAUUACGGAAGAAGAUUACUACGUCCUCCAAACAUAUUGAUGUUAUUAGGGAAGAGGAAGAAGAAGAAAACGAUAGUGUUGAAGUAGAGCAACCUAACACAAAUUUGGGAGCCUCAGCUCAAGUUGAAAAAGACAAUAUGAAUAAUUUACAUAUAAAGUAUUCGACGGAACCUCAUCAAUCUCUGCCUAACUUGCAUUAUUCCUUAUCGGGUGAAGAUGACGUAAGAGAAUUGAAAUCUCAACUGCAUCUCAUCAGAAUAGAGCGCGAUGAACUCAAAAAAAGGAUUGACGGUUCAAAUACUUCAUCAUCGAAUCAUUAUGAGAGCAUUGACCAAUUAGAUACUAUUCAAAAUUCCAAAUCCUGCUCAAGUCCUGUAAAAAUAGCAGAAAAGAAAAAAUUAAAGACCGUUUUUGAUAGGACAUCUCUUUUGGGUUCGGAUUUGACAAGUUGCAACUCCGGAUUAGAGAGUGCAUGUAUAGCGGAACAACUAGUUCACGAUUGGAGAGAAAGCUCAAAAAUUCAAGAAAUGAUUCAAGGUAUUGGUGCCGGUAAUUUACCUGAUAGAGUGGUCAAAGAGUUUGAAAUAGAAGUUGAGAGAUUGAACUCUAAAGUUGAACAUAUUAAAGCUCAAAACGACGUUCUUUCUCUCUCGCUUUCAGAAAGUAAGGCUCAUAGUGAUCGACUAUCUCAAUUGCUUGCCAAAUACGAAUCUAAUCAGACUGCUCUGCAAAUUGCAUUAUCGAAUGCUGAACAGGCGAUCGAAUGCUUUGAAGUUCUACUUGCUUUUGCUACAGCUGAUAGACAGCUACUAUCGCCUAACUGCAGAGUCAGCGAUUCGGAAAAGUCGCUAAAUUCAAGAAGAGACGCUGAGAGGAGAGCUAAACGAUUGCUGAACAAUCGUCAUAGACAAAGAACAACUCAGUCAGCACCCUGGGAAUCGAUAUCUACGAACUCAUCGACAACAACUAACACGUCGAGCGGGGCUGAAACUGAUGAAGAAUCAAAGUUAAAAGAUAUGAUAGCCGACCUUAAACUAGAAAGGUCCGCAGUGAAGUCGACAGUUGUUGACUUGGAGAGCGUUCACAACGUCGAUCCCCCGCCCACUCAGAACCUCUCAACGCAGCGUCUUGAUUUAGAAAAUGCAGUACUCGUUCAGGAAUUAUUAGCUGUCAAGGAAGAGCGAGCUGAAUUAAGGUCCCAAAUACACAAUCUACACAAAGAAAAAACAGCUCUUCAAGUCCAAUUAUAUGGCAAAAAUGAACUUGACAAUACUAAUGUUGAACAGCUGCAGAAGGAAAUGACAAAUGGUACAUUGAAUAGUACUUUAACGUUGGCCGAUUUACCCCCCGACGUCGACGAGGUUUUCAAAAGGGAAAAGAAACUUAAAAAUAGAGUUCAUGAAUUAGUAAGUACUUUAGAGCGAAUGUCGAAGAACGCUGAAGCUCGGCACCAGCAGUCGACUGAUUUAGUAAAUGAAUUGAAAAAUGCCAAUAGCGCCCUUAUCACUGCUUUUGAAAAGGCUAAGAAAAAAUAUCAGGCUAAAAUUAAGAAAUUAGAGACCAAAGUACAAACAGUAACAGGUUUAUGCGAGGCUCAGGUUAAAUCUCUGAAGCAGAGGAUUGCUCAAUUAGAACACUCUGUAAACGGCGGCGUAUUACCCCCAACAAGCCAAUCACCACAGCCAGCACCAAGCGAAACAUCUUUAUGA